AUCGGAGUCGGACCCCCGUCUCCGCCACCACGCGCGGAUCUCCUCCCACCCGCCGCCCGGCCGCCCGAACUCCUCUUCCUCUUCCCCGCAGCCGUCGCCGCCCUCCUCCUCGCUCGCCCCAGCCCGCCUGCCACCCCCAACGCGUGCCCGCCUGACCGCGAACCCGAGCGCCGCCGUCCCUCCCGCGCGGCAAGCGGCUAGGGUUUCGCCCGCGUCGCCUCCCACCUCCCGUCCCCGCCCCGCCCUGGCCGCCAUGUUCCAGCUAGGCUCCGCCCCCGGGAAGGCCUUCUGGGCGCGGCACCGGUGGAAGAUGCUCCUCUCGCUGGGCGUCGCCGGCGCCGGCUACGCGGCCUACCGCUUCUACGACGCGCACCAGAAGCAGCUCGUCCGGGUCGAGCAGCGCGCCGAGGAGGAGCGCGCCGCCGACGAGAUCAUCAAGAAUCAGUUGGAAGCCCAUUUUCAGAAGGUGCAGAGGAUCUCGGAUACAACCACACUGCCGUUUGCUAUGCACUACCUACGUUCGCGGGUAAUGGAGGAACUGGAUAUUUCACACCUGACCGAGAGGCUGCUGCAAGGGAAGGGAGAGCUGACGCCAGAGGACAAGUACGAGACCUGGGAGAAGAUCAAAAUUCUGAGUUUCACAAGGACAGUGUCUUCAAUGUGGGCCAUGACAUUGCUGAGCUUAUAUGUUAGAGUCCAGGUCACCAUAUUAGGCAGACAUCUCUACUUGGACUUUGCUCGUGGUACAGAUGGUGCUCAAUUGCAGGCGGAAUCUGAUACUUUUAGCGGGAAUGGACAUAAGGACUUUCUUGGAACUGCUGACUACCUUGCAACAUAUGGUAUCACUGCAUUGAUCAGGCAAAUGCAACAUGCUGCAACAGAAAUCUUGAAAGAGAAGCAACUGAAAGACCCUAUGAGCAUGGACCAAGUAUUACAAACGAUGUUACAGAUAUCGGAGCAGUUCAUGAGUAUGUGUGAAGGCAACUCAUGGAUAAAUUUCCUUGUACCUGAAAGCGCCAAUCGGUAUGCACAGUUGAUGGCUGUGUCCAGCAGCGGCUUUGAUGACUCAUCUCUUCUAAUGGAUGUUGGAAAGCUUGACCAACUAAUGACUGAGACACGCAUAGUGUUGGCAAGCGACGAUUUCAGAAAUAUCAUGGACAUGUCAUUGAGGAAGGUAGCUGAUUUGGUGAUAGAGGACUUGCGUGCACAGGUUGGAGCCGCGCUUCCUCCAUCAGGAUUGCCCUUGGCGAAGCUCUUGGCUAGAGUGGCUCAACUGAGCUCAAUGCUGCUCGAGGAACCAAGCAAGAACAAGCACAUCCAGACCAUCCGAAGCAUGCCCGAGGUGGGACUCUUCUACACAUUCCUCUAUGCAAACAUGCCGCCACAAACGUGAGUUCACGUCGAUGUGGACAGGGGCAUGUUUCUUCCUAAUUUUUGGCCCGAAACCUCCAAAGGAUCUAGUGGUUUAUGUGUAUGAAAACUCGAUCGUUCUGGAUUCUGGGAAGUGAUACCGGUGGAGGAUGUUCAUUCGUGAAAAAUAUACGUGUGGAGAGGAGGCUGAGUUUGUGUCCUGUAUAUUGCUGAAGAUGUGCUCUUGUUAUGUUUCAGGAAACAGGAGUCUUUUCCCUUUUUACUUGGGUUUUCGUUAAAUACUUGUUCUUUUUUUUUAUCUAGCUAGAAUUCAGCAGGCUGUUUCUGCCAUCUCGUUUACAUAUUUUGGUAGCAUGCUUGAUGGAAUUUGUGUACCUCAUGAAUGUUCAACUCUACAAAUUGGUUUAUGAAUGAAUGUUGAUGUGGGUAUACCUAUUCUGUUA